ACCUAUGUACUGCCUGUUAUGGAUCCGAAUUUGAAGAAGACAUGCGUGAAAUCCACUAAAGAUGUUCGAAUCAUUCCAGCCAGCAAAGAAGUUGAAGAGAUCAUGGCAGCUGGUCAUGAACAUCUAUUAAAAUCCCUAUGGGCAAUAUCGAAUGAUCCGUUCACGCUUAUGAAGAUUUUUGGUAAUAUGACCAAGGCUUCCCUAUUAAUCUGCGAACAUUUGGUAAAUGAUAAGAAAUUUUUGGAUGACAUGGCUAGCGAGAAGUUUGACAUUCUAAUUGCUGAGCCUUUCGUGCUGUGCCCGUUUGCUUUGGCGGAACAUUUGAAAAUUCCAGUAACAAUUGCAACUUUGUCAAUCAUGCAAUCUGAAAUAGUUUCCGAUAUAAUUGGAGAACCAGUAUUGCCGAGCUUUGUGCCCGGCUCAAUAUCUGUUUCAAAAAGCAAUAUGAACUUCUUCGAAAGAUUCAAAAACACCUUGAGUAUCAUAGGUUUCAGCUAUCAUUUUCUCUCUAGUUGGAGCACAGAGACUGGUAUUAUCGAAGAAGCUUUCGGAAAAGAUUUCAGAAGCUAUCGGGAAUAUAUGGCGGACGUUUCCUACGUUUUCACAAACGCUCAUCCGUACCUUUCAUAUCCAAGGCCGUUGAAUAGAAAAACACUUGAGCUUGGAGGAAUUGUUGUUGAUCAAUCACUCCAAGACAAGUCAAACCUUAAAGUUCCUCAUUGUUGA